GAUAUUAUCCUAUUAUAUGCACUUAAUUGAUGACUAUAAAUUUACCUUGAGAAUGGAUGCGACUCUUACAUAGCAAGAUACCUAACUUAUGUAAAACUUUUUAGAAAUAUUUCGCAAAUAAAUGUAUGUGAUCGAGAAAAUGAGUAACUGUGAGGCGUACCAUCAGUGCAAGUUUCACGCGAUUGAAUGAUGAAAAAUUGCAAUUUUCGAUCAAAACGAGAGUUAUCGUCUUCGAUAAUAAAAGACAAUUUCUCGGAGAUGUCCUACAUAUUUCUCGUUAAAAGUCCAUUGUAAAGAUAUUCUUGGAAAGUCUUGAAAAUUUUGAAGAAUCGUAUAUUACAGACACGCCUUUAUGUUAUAAUAUAUAUUUUGAUUAUUUCUCCGCAUUACUCUAGAAAACCAGGAACAUAAAAAUUUUCUUCCAAGUUUAAGUAUUUCUUUCUCGUUCACCUUUCUUAAUGAUUUUUUACUCAUAGAUAUUUAUUUUCCUACAUCCUUCGAAGAAAGGAUUGCACGUGUUACUCCUUAAAGUGCAUUGCAACAAAGGCAACGGGCGAAUUCAUAAAACCGUCGAAUACAUUCCAAAGAAGCACUGACCCCUUUCGAAUCCUUCUCAGCUUCGUAUCGAUUGCACGAUACGGGUGAUAUAUUUCUGUUUGGAAAUGCUUCUAAAUGUAUGGAUACUUUCUAAAGAUCUGUGUUAGUGUAAACGACAUUGCGACUGUUGAUUAGCAACAGACACUUAUUUCACAUAGAUAGACGAAAAUUUCGAAAAGGAAAAAACUUGUUUCAAAUAAUGAAUUAUUUUUUUACAUAUUCUAGAAAUUCUAGAAGGAUCUAAUAAGAAGGGGAAAAAUUACAAAAAUGAAUUUUUCCCAGUGUUAUACAAUAAAUAUAUUUUUGUAAUUGAUUAUUUUAACGUUAACUAAUGUGUUUAGGAUUCUGUCGUUAGACAUAAAAAUUUUUUUUUUUUUUUUUUUUUUAUUGUUAUCACAAUUUUCAUUCUUUUAAUGAUCUCUUUAUGUCAGUUAAUUAACAUGUGCGACCGUAAACAAGCUCAACUACUGUAACGGUAACAGUUGAAAAACUUCAAGUUAUGUUUGUUCGUUUGUGUGCAUGCAAAAAUAUAAUGGAGUAUGUUGAUAUUUAAAUUAACUCAAAACGCAACAUAUACGUGUAGAGAAAUAAAAUAUCAGAUUGGAAAAGCAAACGCUUAAUUUUAUGUGAGAGAAAAAGAUAUAGUCACAAAGUCAAAGUCAUGGUUAAUUCCCGUAACACCAAUAAUUAUAACGAUGAUAGCGGGAACGACAACAACAUGGUCGUUGAUAUUACAAGGCCGGUAAGCAUGUAUGACAAUUUAAAUAUGACCGGAACAGUACAUACACCCAAAACGAAGAUAACAACAGCGACAACGGCAACAACAACAACAACAAGUGCUGAAACGUUUAAUUGUGCAUCCUUUGACAAUGCUAAUGUAGCAUCUGAUAUGACGACACCCUUCAACAUACCAUCGCAUGAAUUGAACGGCAAUAUAAAUAAUAAGCAGUUUUUAACAGAUGAUAAUAAAUCAAACUUGUUUCAAACGCCAAAUAUUACAACUUUUCACACUUUUCCUUAUAAAUCCAAUGCUGUAAUAACUGAAAUACCAGCAGCAGCAGCAGCCGGAACACUUCCCUCAUUACCUUGUUUAACAACUAUAACAAAAGCAAUAACAACAAUGACAACAACAACAACAAUAACGCCAGCAACAAUAACAACGAAUGUAACGGCCCCACAACCCGUUGAGUUAGUUUCCAUAACGUCAUUAGCGUCAUCGUUACUUGAGGGGCCAGCAAUUACGACCACAAUAACAACAACAACUUCAGCAUUAACACCACAAACAACAAAAUCCAAUACAUCAUUAGCUACAAUCUCAACAACAGCAACACAGCACAGACCGCUUAGUCAACAUUCACAAUCGGAACUGAACGAAACUGGCCAUAAUAUCGCCGCAGUGAAAGCGGCAUUAAAUGAAGCAAAAUCAAAGUUUUUUGGAUUAAAUGGUUACACAUCACAACAAGACCAUCAACAAUAUCAGCAGCAUCAGCAACAACAGCAGCAACAGGAAGAAUCCUGCGAAUUUACAGAAUCACAAAACCUUUUAGAUAAUCGCAUAGAAGAGCAACAACAACAGCAACAACAACAACAACAACAACACGCACAACACGCACAACAAGUACAAAAUAAAAUACAACCCAAAUAUCAAAAUAUCCCAGAAAAUAGUGCAUUAUUUCGUAGGACAGAUAUGCGUGGCGAAUCAAAUGAUAAUCAUCAAGAAAAUCAUAAUAACUAUCAACAUACAGUCAACAAUAAACAGAUAGCAACAACAACAACAACAACAACAACAACAGUAACAGCAAACCCAAAUAAAAUGCCAGUAAUCACAAGCUAUAAGCAGAUUCCAUUAAAUGAUGUUGCUGUCGAUAAUGCGCAACCAUCUCAGGCUGUCUAUAUGGCAACGACAGUACCGCAGAAUAUUAAAGGCACUAAAAUCGCCGGCCGUCACACUCCGACAAGAAGUAGCCUAAGACACAGUCGAAUGCUGGUGAUCAGUAAUAAAAACUAUCAAGAAUCCCAAUAUCCGAACCCGUUAGGCUUUCGGCAGCCACAGUUGGCUCGCUGGCUAAUAAUAUUACAAAUUAUUUGUGGCUCGUUAAUUAUAAGCUUAUCGAUAUGGGAGUUCUUCUUGGCACCAAAUACUGCUAUAAAAGAUAAUCCAUAUUGGAGCGGCUUAAUAUUAAUUUUAAGCGGAAUUGUAAGCUUGACUUUAUUGCGUUAUCUACGUAAUAAACGCAAUAAAACUCGUGAAAACUGUUUUAUCUUUUUGCGCACAAAUGCUUAUGUGCUCGCCGUGCUAUCGGCUUUAUUAUGUUGCAUGGCAUUGAUACUGGCAUCGGCGCAUUAUAAUCGCCUAACAGCCGCUGAUACCAAAUGUGAAAGUAUUAAUGUACUACUCGAACAUGGUUCUUGCAUUUGCACAUUUCAUGCUCAAUCUGUGUCGUCAACGAAUGCAAGUGAACGCCAUCAAAACGAUACAAUUAGCGAGACUAUUCAUUAUUUUAAUGAAAACAAUAAUAGCUACAAAAUUGAAUAUCGUGAUUUAAGCUGCCAAGAAGUGACCGAUGAAUGGAUCACAAUAUUGAUCCUGUCAAUUAUAUUUAAUUGUUUUGCUUUACUAGUUACAUUUACAUAUUUAAUUUUAGUAUGCUGUUGUCGCAACACUAAAAAGGUUCAGUACUCUUCUGUUCAAACCAGUACCUUUUAAAUUGUAC